GUAAACCCACAAUUACCGAAGGAGAGUUGUGAGUUCAUUGUAUGCUGUCAUAAUUUUGAUGUUUAUUCAGAUACAUUUCUAAUUUAAUUGAAAUUUCUCUUAAGAGGGAGGCGCAACUAGAAUUAAAGAUGAUAACGUUCAGGAGCCCAGCGCAAAAAAAACAAAACCUCAACGUACACGAAUUUAUAGACGAAAGGUUAAAUGUAAAGAUUGUGGUGCAGAAAUGAAUGCUGAUAAUUUUUUGAAGCACAGUUCAAAUAAACACAAUGGUAUGGCAAAAUCCCAAGAUGUUGUAGAAGCAUCACAAACAACGCUUCAUUUUUCUAAGAUCCUUCCAACUGCCCCUGUUACAUGUGAUAGCAGUGAUGAAAUGCAUGAAGGAGAAGUCAAAAGUGUAAAACAAAAAUUCUGCAAUGAUACUGAUAUAUCACAAAAGAAAAACCUUGAAGUGGCAUUAGAAGUACACAAUGUAUGCGAGGAAAUAUUUGAAAUAGAUAACAAGAUAAAUGAAAGAUCAUUCAGCAAAAUGAAAAUUGUCAAGAACUAUUUGCGCUCAACAAUGAAAGGUGAAAGGCUGGAAGAACUCAUUGUCCUCUCAACCGAGAAGGAUUUAACAGAUACAAUUCAUCUGGAUGUAGUACUAAAAUCUUGGGCAGCCAGAAAAAACCGUAAACUCAGAAUAAAAUUUAAGUAAAAAGCAGCUUCUCAAGAGUACGUUGAGAUGAUUCUCACUUAAGACUCUUGAUAUGAGAACAAAUAUACAUUGUUUUACUGUUAUGUCCGAAACGGUUAAGGUUUAUAUUUGAAAAACAUAUUUUGUUAUAAUGUAUGUGUUAGAAACCUAAUCUUCAAUAAUGUUUACUAAUAAACAACGUAUGCAAUAAUA